AUGUAUGUACUUCUUAACUCUUUAAGUGCGAAAUUACUUGGUUUGGAGCAUAUUAAGAGCAUGUAUAAAAAUGACAUUGAUUUCUCAAACAUUUAUAAUUCAUGUGCUAAAAUACCUGUUGAUAAAUUUUAUAGACAUGAAAGAUAUUUGUUUAGGGAAGAUAGGUUGUGCAUUUCAAAUUAUUCAAUGCGUGAAUCAUUGGUAAGGGAAGCACAUAGUGGGGGUCUAAUGCGUCAUUUUAGGAUUCAAAAGACUUUAGUCAUUGAACCUUCGGUGGAUAUUUUUAUGGAUUUCAUGUUGGGGUUACCUAGGACAAAGAAAGGUUGGGAUUCUAUCUUUGUAGUGGUUGAUAUGUUUAGUAAAAUAGCACACUUCAUAUUAUAUCACAAAACCGAUGACGCCACCAACAUUACUGAUUUAUUCUUUAGGGAGAUAUUACAUUUGCAUGGAGUUCCUAAGAGUAUUGUGUCGGACCCAGAUGUUAAUUUUUUUAGUCAUUUCUGA